UGCCGCGGCACCUCGCUGCGUGCCUGCUGGGGCCGGGGCCCGCGGGCCGCGUCAUGGGAGCGGCGGGCGGCGGCACUCUGCGGCUGCCGGGGCUGCACGGCUACGCGGCGGAGUUCUCGCCCUACUGGCCGGGGCGCGUGGCGUGCGCUGCCGCGCAGUACUACGGCAUCGCAGGUUGUGGAACUCUAGUAGUACUGGAACAAAAUGAAACUGGGAUUGUUCUGCUCAGAAGUUUUGACUGGAACGAUGGUUUAUUUGAUGUGACGUGGAGUGAGAAUAACGAACAUGUGCUCAUCACUUCUAGUGGGGAUGGUUCUCUGCAAAUCUGGGACGCAGCUAAAACCACAGGUCCACUGCAAGUCUAUAAAGAGCAUACUCAGGAGGCAUAUAGCGUUGACUGGAGCCAAACUAGAGGAGAACAGCUAGUGGUGUCUGGUUCAUGGGAUCGAACAGCCAAGCUGUGGGAUCCAGCUGUGGGGAAGUCAUUAUGCACUUUCAAAGGCCAUGAAGGGGUGAUUUACAGCACUAUAUGGUCUCCUCACAUCCCAGGUUGUUUUGCAUCUGCCUCAGGUGACCAGACUUUAAGAGUUUGGGAUGUGAAAGCCCCAGGAGUCAAACUUGUGAUUCCAGCCCACCAUGCUGAGAUCUUGAGCUGUGACUGGUGCAAGUACGACCAGAACUUGCUGGUAACUGGUGCAGUUGACUGUAGUUUGAAAGGAUGGGACUUGAGGAACGUCCGGCAACCAGUGUUCGUCUUGCUUGGUCAUACCUAUGCUAUUAGAAGAGUGAAAUUUUCACCAUUCCAUGCAACUUUAUUGGCGUCUUGCUCCUAUGAUUUCACUGUAAGAUUUUGGGACUUUUCCAAGCCUAACCCUUUGCUGGAAACUGUUGAGCAUCAUACAGAAUUUACAUGUGGACUAGAUUUGAGCCUUCACAACUGUGGUCAGGUAGUGGACUGUGCUUGGGAUGAAUUAGUCAAGAUCUAUACUCCAUCGUGUCUGACAGUUGCUGUCUAGAGAGAAGGUGUAGAAGAUCUGACACACCAGGAAUAAUUCUCUCCAACCAGACUUGCACUAAAUGUGUCAGUUGUGUCAUUGAUCCUCAUGUCCCUUUUGAAGUAGAAGUCUCUUGUAGCUGAAAGUGUUGUGCACUUGAGAAUUUUUAGGACUUGUUCUACUCUACGGGUAGUACUUGAGUCAGCAGAACAUUCAACAGCUACUGGAUGGUUGAAGAGUGGCGGUAGCAGAUAUUAGCCAAUGUCUUCAGAGUAGAAUCACUGACACGAUUUUGUGAUUUUGUGAACUGCUGAUCGGAGAAGACACCUGAAUUUUCUUGAUCCUUAUAAAGAAUAAAAGUAACUGGGAGUGUGUUUUUAGAUAACUCUCACUGUAAAAAUAAAAAAAUAAAAAUGGCUUUCCAUUGUAAAGUACUGUAAUGGCAACGUAAGACUUGUAUCACUCGGUUUAAUAUUGAUUGCUUUGCUGUGACUCACAUUGCAUUAUUUUCUUGUGCAAUAUGACAAAUGCUCUUGAUAGACAGUAAAUGUUGUACUUUAUAGCCAGUUGAUUUCUUUGACCUUUUUGAUUGCUGCAUCACAAAGAUGGUAAAGAUUUUGCUUGGAUCUUCUUGAGUGAAACACUUGAUGAAAUCAUGCAGAGAGAUGGUCUGAUGAUGGAAAUCUGCUUAGGGAAAAUACAAAAUAUCUGCAAAACUCAUUGGAUCAAAAUCCUCAAGAUCUAGAGAUAGGACUACCAUGUAUUUUGUUAGGCUUGUCUUCUGUUUUCAAUUAAAAAGUUUGACCCAGAGAGUAAAAGAGGAAUGUGGUAGGCUUCCUGGACCUCUGACAGGAGGAAAAGCGAGAGCUGAUGUCCAAACCGGUUGAACCUACAUACAUGCUGAUUAAUUGCGUAGCAUAAGCACCACAAGUCCAGCGUGGCCAAGUUGUUAUCAGAUCAGACUUACUGCAACCAACAAUACAGUUGGUCAACAUAUUAGAGGUAUCUUGGGUACUUCACAUGCCUACAUUGACUCUUCAGCCAACAUACUGGUAUUUUCAUUUGUUUUUCUGGGGCAAGCAGAGAUGUUUGUUUUUAAGCUUUUCCAAUCUCCUUUGAAUACUGUUUCACUUAAGUCUUCAACAGUGAUACUCCUGUAACCCUGUCUUUAUCUUCUCUCUUGGUUUCCUGCUAGCCCCAUUUUUUACCUUCUUAAAGUGGCCUCAUUUCUGCUGCUACCCCUUACCCUCAGCCUUACCACUGAAAGACCUUUUGCAAGUGCCAGAUCUUUGAUCAGUCUUUUUAUAGCGUAUUACUAAUGAAUGCUAAGGCUGUACACUUCUGGGCUGCACUACCCAUACAUCAAGCAAUAGCGGACACUGCCAGAUCUACUGCAUGCUUGGCAGAAAUGAAAGAAAAUUCAGCAGAGCUAAGACUUGUGAUUUGCAAGGCAAGAUAAACUACACCAUCCUGGAGGGAGAACCUGGACACUAGUAAGUAGCCACAGGGAGGAUAUGUAUGUAUAAGGCAUUAGGGUAAGAAAGAACCAAAGAAGCCAUCUUCCACAACAUGAGACUUGGGGCCUGACAGGUUCUUAGAUUUUCCUGAAUCGGUGCAGACUGACACAAGAAUGCCCUCCUCUUGAGCUGAAUUUGAAAAGUGGAUUUGCUUUUUUCAUGAGUGUGGUGCGUCAAUUUCUGAAUGUUUACCUCACUUUAAUUAUGUGUGCUAAGGAAUGAUGAAACCAUAAAGCUAUGCUGCGUAUAGCUUUCAUCAAUACCACGGCUGUAAAACCUAAUGCAACCUUAAUAGUCACUCCACUUUUCUGCUGUGUCUCCCCUUUCUGCUUAGAAUGCAAGCUGCUUGUUUGGGAGGAUGGACAGCUUUGGUGGUGGGUAUGUAUUCUAUAUGUAUGUUUGGGGGAGAGGGGUUAUUUCCAGAAUGCUGCUGUAGUGUAUGAGGUGGAAAGAUAAGUUUAGAAAAGGGGAUAAAAACAAUCACAGCUCCUAACACGUACAUCCAACUCAUGGAGUAAACCUUUCUUAGCUGCCUUUUCUCAUCCUCAUGUCCUGGUUAGCUUCUAUGCUGAGGGUCGCUGCUUCCAGGUUUUACUCUCUUGAAAAACGAGUUUAUCCAGGAGAUGAGUAUAGUAAAUAGGAACUUUACUGUGUGGUUUUUAAAUGGAGAGAAUGUGCUUGAACACUUUUGUACUGUGAGGGAAAAAAUGAUCUGUCAAUAAUUGUUGCUGAUUCUUAUUUCUCAGGGAAUGUUUGGUAUAUAUGAUUGUUAUAAAGAAAUAGUUUAUAUUUUAUUUUAUGACCACAAUACUAGUUUCUGAUCUUUUUUUCAUUUGCAGAAGGAGGCUUCUAAAUACAACAAUCUUUGACAUUUCAUGUGUUAUACUUUUCAAACUUGUUCUUUUUGAAGACUUUGUUGUUUGGGGGUUCAUAUGUUUCUCCAUGGUUCAAGAAACUCAUUGAUCAGUCAUGUUUUGAAGGAGUGGAUUUGUUGUUCUAUUAUACUAUUAAAUUAAUUACACACAGUAUGUUUGGA